UUUUGUUUGUACAGAUUUGAGACGAUAAGUUGUUUAUUUAACUUCCUUGUUGGAAGUGUAGGCCAGGGAAAGGACAUUUAUAAGUAAAACCCUAAAUGUGACAGGACUAUGGCUUCAAAUUUUGAAUCCUCCAUUCAGAGGGGCUGUGAUUUCAUCCACGAUUUCGUCUGUUCCCCAUGCGAAGAAGAUGGAUUAAACACGGAAGCUCAAUAUUUCUGUAAUCAGUGUACGAAAUAUUACUGCGUAAACUGUGUCCCAGUUCACUACAAGCUAUUCAAGAGACACUCGGUGCUCGACCGGACGGACAUGACGAAAUGGGCAGCAGCACCAGGGAUGGUGGACGUCCUUGAGAGAUGCGAGAGGCACCCCGGGGAGGCGCUCAAGCUGGUCUGUGGUGACCAUGACCAGCUGUGUUGUCACGUGUGCGUUGCCAUGGAUCAUAGACAAUGUUCAGCAAUACAGCACAUUCCAGACGUUGCAAAGGGCAUCCGCAAAGAUCCCGAGUUUCGUCAACUACCUCAACGGGUAGCUGUUCUUAGGCUGCAGAUAGAAGAUAUGAAAAACGACAGAAAGAAAAAUAGUUCCUCACUGAGGAAGACUCGAACAGCCAUUGUUGAUGAAAUCAAAGUAAUCCGUAGAAAAAUCAACGACAUUCUUGACAAGAUGGAGAAAACAACCGUUCAAGAAUUAGACGGUCUGGUGGCUGCACAGGAACUGUCCAUUAAGAAAGAUAUGGAAUCCUGCACACAGAUGGACGACGAAUUAAAGAACAUCAUAGAUGACAUACAAAGCAAAGACUCAUCAGGCGAACCACCCUUAUACAUUGGGUUCAGAAAAUGUGAAGGAAUAAUCAAACAAGCAAACGAAAUACUGCAAAACAUGUCAAAUGUUGUCAAAUACGAUUUAACUUUUCGUAAACAUAAUGGAAUAGAAGAUAAUUGGUCCUCGGUGAAGACAUUUGGAGAGUUAAAUGAAUCGAAUGUUUUUGGUGCACAACCAUGUACAUCGCUAUUCCCCCGAGAUCAUGUAUUUGCUACAGAAGGUUACAAGGAGUACAACGUAAAUAUGAGUUCAGAUACAGAUACAUGUAUUAUUGAAGGGAUAUGUGAGCUACCUGGUGGAGAGUGUGUUAUUACAGACUACAACCACAUGAAAGUUAAACUCCUGGACCAGGAGUACAGGGUUGUCGACCACUGUGAUGUUCCCAAGUUUCCAUUUGACGUCUGCCACAUUGGUGGGAAUGAGGUUGCCGUUUGUGUUAACAACAACAACAAUGAUGUUAGACGUGAACUUCAUUUCAUUAACAUUACAAAAGGGAAACUUGUGACUACGAGAAAGUUAAGUUUCACCCAUAGAUGUUACGGCGCAGCUCAUCACGGGAACAACCUUUACAUUUCAUCAGGCACAGCGUUGUACGUCUAUACGAUGACGGGGAAGCUGAUAAAGAAGAUGUACGAGGACGAGUCCGCUGAUUACACGGUGAGGAAAAUUGCCAUCAGUAACGACGGGAAGACUAUCUACAUCACAAACCUCUCAAACAAUCAACUUAUCACCCUGGACAACCUCGGCAACAAGCUGGUCACAUUCACUGAUCCUGACCUAAGGGGACCUUACGGAGUACACGUGACAACUGCUGGACACGUGUUCGUCUGCUGCCUUAAAACCGAUACAGUACUGCAGGUUGACAAGGACGGGAAGACGCAGUUGGCCACACUGGCAAGGAAACAAGAUGGAGUGAACGGACCUAAGGCUUUGUAUUUCAGCAGUCGUUCUUCCUCUCUGGUUGUCGGCGGUUGGAAAGACACGCUCCUCGUCCUUAAUGUACGAUAAAUAAUAGAUCCAAUUACAAGUGGCAAAAAUACAAUUAUUAUAACUGAUUGAUUUUUACUUUAACCUUUCUCGUAAAUAUAAGUACUGAUGGAAAAUGUACAUGUAUAUAAUACAAGAAUCAUAUUUGCUUAAACGUACAUGUACCUUUAUAUUUGACGUAUUUUAUUUGCUUUUAGCUUCAUAGUUAUAAUGUUUAUCGUGCACAUGUUAUUCAACUUAAUGAUUGUUUAUUGUAUAGUGUUAUUCCCGUAUAUUCAAUUUGUUGUGUGUGGUUAUAAAUAUAUGAUUUAUUCUUUAUUUAGUGUUGAAAUUUGUAAUCUAUUAUACGGCCCGAAUUGUCAUGUGAAUAUAAAAAGCUUCACUACUUUUACUACUACAAGAGAGCCAGUUACAUGUUAACUAUUUUCACUGGACACCUCGAUGAACCUAGGCGUAACAAUUAUGCAGAGUUGCUAUAAAGUAAAAACAACAACAACAUAUACCUUGAUUAUAUUUAAUUUUGUUUUUAA